AUGCUGCCCUUAACAGAUACAAGGGGAAUUAUAUCUGACAGAUUUCCCAAUCCUUCAAAUUUUUGGCAGAUAAUUAAAACAAUUAGCAAAGGAACAUAUAGCAAGUUUUCAAAGAGUUCAACAAGAAAAAACAAGGCAGCACUCAAGAUCUUGGAUUUUGUUCAUGUCCUCUCUCAGCUCUACAAGAACCACCCAAGCAUAGCGUGCAUGAAGGCAUUGGCGCGCAACUAUGUCUGGUGGCCCCAGUUGGAUGCUGAGAUUGUGGGUUGGGUGGGCUGCUGCUACCCCUGCCAGCUUUCUCGCCCUGCACCCCCAGCGGCUCCAUCUCAUGAGUGGGAGGCUCCGAGAGGACUGUGGUUUCGGCUCCACAUUGAUUUUGCCGGACCUUUCCAUGGCCAGGUGUUCCUGGUCAUAGUGGAUGUGUACUCGUGUUGGGUGGAGCUAGUCCUUAUGAUCUCCACCACAGCUGAAAGUACCAUCAGGGCCUUGUGUCGGUUGUUCGCGAUACACGGUUUGCCGGACGUCGUAGUGUCUGACAACGGCCCUCAAUUCGCAACCGCUACAUUCCAGGAGUUCCUGACCUUACUCGGCAUCCGGAACGCGCCCACCGCCCCCUAUCAUCUGGCCUGCAACGGCCGGGUGGAGCGCACUGUCCGCUUGGCCAAGAAGGCCCUCGGCUGGAUGGAAAGGGGCAAUUGGCCGGGGCUGCAGUAUUUGCAUGAAAACAAGAUUAUUCACUGUGAUAUUAAAGCAAAUAAUAUCAUCCUAACCACUGAAGAAGCAGUUAAGAUUUGGAUUUUGAAUCCAUCUCCAACUGAAUUCAAUGAUUUUAUUAGCAAAUGUUUAACCAAAGAUUAUGAAAAGCACCCUGGAGUGACUGACCAAUUGAAGCACAAUUUUGUGAAGCAGGUGGAAGGCAAAGAAUAUAUCCAGCAAAUACAACUGAUGGAGUCUAUUAAUAAUCAACAGCAGAUGGGUGUUCCUGAAAAAGCAAGUGUUGAACAACUUCGUUCUAAAAUACAGAAUUUGACUAAGUCUCUAACUGCUAAUCAGGAUGAGGUGGAUGAUUUGGCAACAUUAGAAAUAUUAGAUGAGAAUACAAUAACAGAGCAACUCGAGAAGAGCUACGCCCGAGGCCAGAUCUACACUUAUGUGGGAGAUAUCCUCAUUGCAGUCAACCCUUUUCAGAACUUAGAUCUUUACUCUACAAAGCAUUCCAGAUUGUACAUGGGGGCUAAACGGACUCGCAACCCACCACAUAUUUUUGCUAUGGCUGAUACGGCAUAUCAAUCAAUGGUCACCUAUGGAUCAGAUCGGUGUAUUGUCAUUUCUGGAGAAAGUGGAUCUGGAAAGACUCAAAGUUCUCAUCUGCUGGUUCAACAGUUGACAAUCCUUGGAAAGGCUAAUAACAAGACUCUUCAAGGAAAAAUUAUCCAAGUCAACAAUCUCUUGGAAGCCUUUGGAAAUGCAGCCACUAUUAUUAAUGAUAAUUCCAGCAGAUUUGGGAAAUAUCUAGAAAUGAAAUUCACUUCUAAAGGAACUGUUGUAAGCGCUCAGAUUUCAGAAUAUCUUCUAGAAAAGUCUAGAGUCAUAUGUCAAGCUGGUGGGGAGAAGAAUUUUCAUAUUUUUUAUUACAUCUAUGCUGGAUUGGCAGAAAAGAAAAGAUUAGAUCAUUAUAAAUUGCCAGAAAAUGAACUCCCAAGUUAUCUACAAAAUGAACUUCUGACACCAGUGCAAGAGGUCCUGAACAAUACUUCUUAUAAAUCCAAGUUUUCAUCGAUUGAACAGUGCUUCAAAGUGAUUGGCUUUACAAUGGAGGAACUAGAGUGUGUAUACUGUGUACUUGCUGCCAUUUUAAAUGUGGGUAACAUUGAAUUUUCAUCAGAGGUAACCGAGUACAUGAUUGACAAGAGCAUAAUUUCCAAUCCAAUGCCACUGGAGAAUUCUGCUUCCUUGUUAUUUAUCCAAGCAAACAAGUUGCAAGAAGCCCUAACCUCUCAUUGUGUGGUUACUCGAGGGGAAAAAAUUAUACGACCUAACACAAUGGAAAAAGCUAUUGAUGUGAGAGAUGCUACAGCCAAAGCAUUGUAUGGGUGGCUCUUUAGUUGGAUAGUCAAUCAUAUUAAUGUCCUGCUCAAACCAACUACUGCUUUAAGUGGAAGUGAUAAAGGACUAAACAUUGGAAUUCUUGAUAUCUUCGGUUUUGAAAACUUCAAAAAAAAUUCUUUUGAGCAGCUCUGUAUCAAUAUUGCCAAUGAGCAGAUUCAGUUUUACUUCAAUCAAAAUAUCUUUGCAUGGGAACAGAAUGAAUACCUCAAUGAAGGCAUUGAUGCACGAAUUAUUGAGUAUGAGGACAACAAACCACUGUUAGAUAUAUUCCUGCAAAAGCCGAUGGGAUUACUGUCACUUCUUGAUGAAGAAAGUAGUUUUCCUCAAGCCACUGAUCAGACACUUGUUGAAAAGUUUGAAGACAAUUUGAAAUCCAAAUAUUUCUGGAGACCAAAGAGAAUUGAUUUGACAUUUGGCAUUUACCAUUAUGCAGGGCAGGUUCUUUACAAUGUAAAUGGGUUCUUGGCCAAAAACAGAGAUACUUUGCCAGAUGAUAUUAUACUACUACUGCGAUCCUCUCAGAAUCACUUGAUUCGGCUGCUAGCAGCCCACCCUCUUACCAAAACAGGUAAUUUGGCACUGAGGAAGCAUGCAAUAAAUUGUGAGAAGUGGAGACCACAGAAUGUAGUCAACCAAAUAAAAAUCAUUUUGUGGGGCAGAUUCAAUCAUUUUUCUUUCUUGAUUAUACAGAAUCAGCAGGAAGGUUCCAUGCAUCCAAGAGAAGCAAGCAAAACACACACAGUUGCGUCUUACUUCCGAAACUCAUUGAUGGAUUUGUUGUACAAACUGGCGGUUGGCCAGCCCCAUUUUGUUCGGUGUAUUAAACCAAACAACUAUCGUCAGGCAAACAAAUAUGACAAAGAAAAAGUAUUGAUUCAGUUGCGAUACACUGGAAUUUUGGAAACAGCUCGGAUUCGGCAACAGGGAUAUUCUCAUCGUAUUCUUUUUGCAAACUUCAUAAAGCGAUACUAUUUCCUUUGUUACAAUUCCAGCAACGAACUUCCUAUAAAUUCUGCAACUUGUACUGCCAUCUUGGAAAAAGCCAAGUUGAAUAAAUGGAUGGUUGGGAAAACAAAGGUGUUUCUGAAAUACUACCACGUAGAGCAACUAAAUAUAAAGAGAAAGGAGACAAUUCAUAGGAUUGUUUUGAUUCAAAUCUAUGUGAGAAGAUGGCUUUGUUCAAACAGAUUUAAAAGGUUGAAGGAGAAAAGGCAAGCAAGUGCAAUUAAAAUACAAUCAGCUUACAGGGGAUAUAUCACCCGCAAAGCAUUUGCAGAGGCAAAGAGUGUGUAUGGAACAGCUAUGUGGAUUAUCAAGCUCCAGUCAGUUACAAGAAGAUUCUCAAGCCAAAAGGGAGCUAAAGAAAUAAACAACGCUGCAAUAAUAAUUCAGUCUUACUUCAGAGGAUACAGGGAGAGAACAAAGAAACUUAGGAAAGGUGCAUGUUCUAAAACUACGGAAUCACUUCUCAAGAAUAAGCAAGCCAAAAUGGCAACAAGCCCAGGGAAAAAAGAAAAUCUUCCUAAAGAAGACCAAAAUCCAAGCCAGCAAACUCCUCGUGUUUUUCCUCAAGAAAGUCAGGGAGGAUCUGUACGAACCGCUCAGAAACCUAUUGAAGCCGGCCAACAAACCACUGAAGACAAAGCGAAGGCAGCACUAAUUAUUCAGAGUAUUUAUCGAGGGUACCGAGUAAGAGAUCAGCUCAGAAAGAAAAAGAAGUUACGUUUUGAAAAUCAAGGUGACAGUGAGUCUGAUGACCUAGCUUUAAAAGGUGGCCCAGAAGUGGAAAAAUCUAACUUGGCUGUUUUCUCCAAGCAGAUAUCAAAAUUAUCGGAGAACUAUCUGUCACUGGAGAAGAAACUGAACGACAUACUUUUAUCCCAUCAGCUGAAUAUGAAACUCCCCACAAACUACCAUCCUGGCAGUCACCUUUCUUCAUACGUGUACCAGUCUGUCAGCCACUUUGAUUCAGAUGACUCUGAGGACAUUCACCUGAAGAAUGGAACUGAAGAAGUUCUUGUUGGUUUCAAAAGAGAGGAUGGUGAUCAUAUACAAAGAAGCCCAAGGCGAUUUCCAAAACCCAAGAUGUUAGAUGAUCCUGAAGAUUCAACCUUUUAUGCUCUUCUACAGAAAUUCUCAUCUAUGCAAGAUGAAAGGCGAAAAGGGAGAAGUAGCAGUCUGGGCAAGAUACUGAAUAUAGAAGAUCGAUACUACCAAGAGUUUACAUCUACUGAUUUCGUCUCAAAGGAUAGAAAUGCCAGCACAAGAGGAAAGAAUGUCCUGCAAGAUCCUAUCUCUGCAACAUUAAGGAGUGCUGAAGGGCCAAAGGUCCCUGGGAUCCCGCUAAAAGAGAACGAAGAUGAAGAUUAUCCUUUUGACUACCAAAAGCUACUCCGGAAGACUUCUCAACGCAGGCGCCUCCUUCAGAAAUAUUAG